ACAAAGAUGCCUCUCGCGUGUUGCGCAAAUUUUACAAGAAAUACCCUCAAAAAUGUGAUAAAAUAUGCAAUUGCUCGCAACAUUCACGCAUCACAAGUUUAUCGGCAUGGAGAAUUUGAGUGGCAGGAUCCCAAGUCAGAAGACGAAGUGGUCAAUAUCACAUACAUCGAUAAGGAUGGAAAACGGAUGGCUGUGCGAGGAAAAGUUGGUGAUAAUGUUCUCUACCUGGCUCACCGGUAUGGCAUUGAAAUGGAGGGGGCAUGUGAGGCUUCUCUGGCCUGCACAACGUGCCAUGUCUACGUAAAAGACGAAUACUUGCCCAUCCUCCCAGAAUCCACAGAGAAGGAAGAUGAUUUGUUGGACAUGGCGCCAUUUCUCAAAGAAAAUUCUCGCUUGGGAUGUCAAAUAGUUCUCACAAAAGAUCUCGAGGGUAUCGAGCUGAAGCUCCCCAAAGCCACAAGGAAUUUCUAUGUGGAUGGUCACAAGCCGAAACCGCAUUGAUCAGACCUCUUCCAGAUGCACCAGGUUUGUUUUAAGAUCAUUUUUAUAGCCCAAUAAAAUGUAUUAUCCAGAAAGA